AUGGCACGCCGACUUUGCUUCGUUCUCUUAUUCUCAAAGGCGGUAGGUUUCUUCGUCCGUUUCAAGUGGAAAGACGUCUUGCACCAACAGGAUCAACAAGCGCUGUUGCUGUCAUCUUCCACCCCCACCUGCUUGAGUCCGGAGGACGGGUACCAACUGGCGACCGACUUCCAGGCCUUGAUCCGCAACUACUCGGCGGCGGCGGCGGACCGCCUGGUGGCUCCCGAAGUGGUGGCCCGCUGCGACGGCAUGAAUUUACUGGCGGGCAAGCCGCUGGGCGCGCCGACGUACCGCGACCGAGACGAGCUCAAGGCUGCUCUGGAGCGGCAGAGUGGGCGCCCGACGCCCGUUACGCUCCGGACAGUCGAUGUUGUCACGUGCGACACGAUCGUGCUCAAGUGGACGGCUGCCUUUGGAGAGGCGAGGUUGCCUGUUAGGGGCAUCCAGAUCCUUACCGUCGAGAAAGCCGGUCCUAUGAGAGGUUGGGCUAUUAAAACUAUUGACACCGAGUUCAACAGCCUCGCGUAUCUCGUCAACCUAGGCGGCACAUACCAGAUGCCAGAAGAUGGUUCCGACCUUCAAUUUUAG